ACAUUCUGAAAGGUAGGAUGCCAAUAGAGUAUACAAGGACCAGCUAACUUCUAGUUUCUGCUGAAGAAGCAGAAGUGGAGUUCCAGUGAAGAAAUUCGAGCACAGCCAAGAGCUAUUCCUCUGUCCCGAGCAUUGAGAGAAUCCCCUGGACACAGGAUAUUCUGGGCCUUUAUUUGUUCACAGUCAUGGGUCAGCUGUUCUCUUCAUCUAAGGAUGAACACCACAAAGAUUUGGCCUCCACCUUUACCGAUUAUUUUAAGAAGUUUAAGGCAGAAACAAAAAUCAUUCCUCAGGAAACCAUAGAUUCAAUUGAGUUAAGCCUGACAAAAGGAAACAUUCAGGGGGCAAACUCUUCAAUCACUGAUGCAUUAAAAAAAAUUGACAGUACCCCACUCAAUGUUGCUGUGACCGGGGAGUCUGGAGCAGGGAAAUCUACCCUCAUCAAUGCCCUGAGAGGGGUUGGACAUGAAGACAAAGAUGCAGCUAAAACUGGAGUGGUGGAAACGACCAUGAAGAGACAUAAAUACAAACAUGCAAAUAUUCCCAAUGUGAGUUUUUGGGACUUGCCUGGGAUUGGAACCACAAAUUUCCCACCAAAAGAUUAUCUGGAGAAAAUGAAAUUCCAUGAGUAUGACUUCUUCAUUAUUGUUUCUGCCACACGCUUUACGAAAAAUGAUAUAGACCUCGCCAAAGCAAUCAGCAUGAUGAAGAAGGAUUUCUACUUUGUGAGAACCAAGGUGGACUCUGACUUAAACAAUGAAAAGGAAUUCAAACCACGCACCUUUAACAGAGAAAAGGUCCUGCAGCAGAUCCACACCAACUGUGUGAAAAUGUUUCAGGACAAUAACAUUGAAGUACCACCAAUCUUUUUGAUCUCUAACAAAAAUUUGUCUGAUUAUGAUUUCCCAAUCCUGAUGGACAAGGUUAUGAAUGCUCUUCCUGUACACAAACGACAUGUUUUUAUGCUCUCCUUGCCUAAUCUUACAGGUACAGCCAUUGAAAGGAAGCAACAAUCCCUGAAGCAGAGGAUUUGGCUAGAAGCCUUUGGAAAUGACCUCCUGGGUAUCAUGCCUUCACUGACCCUCUUCAUGGCCAGUGAUGUGGAGAAUCUUGAGAAAAGCCUGAAAUUCUAUCGAACUGUGUUUGGAGUGGAUGAUGCAUCCUUGCAGAGUUUGGCUAAGGACUGGCGAAUGUCAGUGGGUCAGCUCAAGGCAAAGAUGAAAUCUCCUAAUGUGUUUGAGACUACAAAAGAAGAAACAAUACAAGAACGACUUUCAAGAUACUAUGAGGACUUCUGUUUGGCUAAUGGGCAUUUGUUUAAUAAGAAUGUUUAUGUUAAGGAAUUAUAUUACCUAAAAUUAUAUUUUGUUGACAUGGUGACAGAUGAUGCUAAUGCUCUUCUUGGAGAGAUAUGUUCAAGAAACAAUUUGAUUUCUGAUUAGGUUGAAAUCCUGUAGCUGUCAAAAAUCAGAAUCAAUGACAGAAACAUAGGACACUGAUGUUGCACAACAACAUAAUGAGUUUAUUCAUGUUAUUCAGGUUUUAUUCAUACUUAGUGAUCAUAUAUCCACAUUCGCUGUAGCAAGGGGAUCGAUCAGAUGUAUGUAAAUAAGCUGAAAGCUAAAAACUAUCUACUCACUUUGAAUAAACCCUCAGAUGGAGUAAUUGCA